AUAUCUUGUUUAUAUUUCAGAUGACAAAUCGAAAUCAUGGAGAUCGUAGUUGGAUCGAAAUACUUCAAGAUCCUGUCUUAGUUUGGAGAUUUCAACAAUACUUUGGAGUUCAAAAGGUUAAAGAAGUUACAAGAGGUCCAACCUGGGUAGCUCUGGAGUCGAAAUUGAUGCCAACGCCUCUACCGGACAAAGUCAAAAUUAAAACAUCACCUGAAAUUCUUCCAGAAUAUGUUGAGGACGAGCACAGAUAUGAUCUACGGGUUCGUGCAGUCAAAAAAGAUCAAUUCCAGGACGAAGAUGCCAGUGUGUGUUCCUCCGGGUACUCCUCUGAAGCUGAAAGUGAGGAAGCUAGUAUUGUAUACUACAAGAUUGGAAGUGAAAUUUGGCACCUUGUGUUCUUGCUGGGUAGUCAGCUUGGAGACGAAACAUUCUACGCCCUUUUCUUUGCUUUCUGGUUCUGGAAUAUAGAUGGAGCUGUUGGGAGGAGAGUCAUGCUUGUUUGGAUGUUAGCCAUGUACAUAGGACAGGUCACUGACAGGUAUGCAGUACAGCGUUUAACAACUGAUUAGUUCACAUAGGACAGGGGUUAAAAGAUAUUAUUCGGUGGCCUAGACCUAGCAUGCCUCCUGUAAUACAUCUAGAGAGAAAAUGGGCAUUGGAAUACGGUAU